UGCGUGAUGGCCAGACCAGAUUUGCCCAUAGAGAACGCCCGUUCCACUACCACACAACGUUCCCUCUUUCCCUUCAUGAUGCAGCUUUCAAUAAGAUUCAAUCCCCCUGGGGACCAUGAUAUGACCAGAGCGUCUAUUUCGAAGGACAAAGGCCGAACGGGAGAUACCUCUCCCAGCGCGAGAAACGGAGACUGCCAUCGAGGGUGCACGUGAUUGAUAGGGUGUUUGAAGGAGAAGCCUGACGGACCCAGCCAUGUCCACUGUGUUCGUCGGCAGCAGCAGGCAUCGACACCUGGACGAUGAGCUGGCCUCAAACGGCUCCUCAAUCUCGCUGGACGAGCAGGCUGAAGCCCUCCUCAAGCCGCCGGAGAAGAAGGCCGAUUCUGCGAAUGCCUCACCGGGUGAUGGCCCACCCCUGGGUCUGCCCCAUCAUGAGAAGAGGUUUUGGUUCCAGAGAGGUGGAGCGUAUGAUCCUCACGCUAUUGCGACUCAGCCAAGCGUGUUUGAUAAUCCAGACACCGCGAAGGAGUAUCUGCCCCGACCAGAUUGGGAGAACCUCCAUCGUUUCGAUCCGUCCGCUCGGUGGACCUGGGGCGAAGAGCACAGGCUGAUCCGGAAGAUCGACGCGCGGAUCAUGGUCUUUGCCUGUAUUAUGUUCAUGGCCCUUGAACUUGACCGCGCAAAUAUCACGCAAGCGUUGACCGACGACUUCCUCCAGGAUCUCCAUUUGACCACCAAUGGUGAACAUUCCAUUGACCCGAAACUCCCAGCAUCGGGGCACCGAACAAACUGACCGAUUGCUCACAGACUACAAUCUUGGUAACACCAUCUUCAAGCUUUCUUUCCUCUGCGCCGAGGUCCCGUCUCAGUUGGUGUCCAAAUGGGUUGGUCCCGACCGCUGGAUCCCCAUGCAGAUGGUGCUGUGGUCCAUGGUUGCCGUGACCCAAUUCUGGCUCAAAGGUCGGACGUCAUUCCUGGCAUGUCGCUGUCUUUUGGGGGUCUUGCAGGGCGGCUUCAUUCCCGAUGUGAGUGCUCGAGAAAAACUCCCCAAAGCCAAACAAAUCUGCCAGGCACUUCUCACCCAUCAACCCAGGUCAUUCUCUACUUGUCGUAUUUCUACAAGCAUCACGAGCUCUCCUUGCGUCUGGGCUUCUUCUGGACCGCCAUGAGCCUGGCUGAUAUCAUCUCUGGCUUCCUGGCCUAUGGAGUUCUCCACAUGAGAGGCGUGCAGCGGCAGUCUGGAUGGCGGUGGCUGUUCCUGAUUGAGGGACUCUUGACCAUGUUUAUCGGCCUGUUAGCGUUUGGCCUGAUGCCUGCAUCUCCGACGCAGACUGCAAGCUGGCUUCGGGGCAGGAAAGGGUGGUUUACAGAAAGGGAGGAGAUCAUCAUGGUCAACAGAGCGAUUCGAGACGACCCCAGCAAGGGCGGGAUGCACAAUCGGCAGGCGAUCACCCCCAGUCUGCUGUGGCAGAGCUUGAAAGAUUUCGACCUCUGGCCACUGUAUAUAUUGGGUCUCACGUUCCAGAUCCCCAUGACGCCUCCGCAGCAAUACCUCACUCUAUCACUGCGCGGCCUCGGCUUCGACACAUUCCAGACCAAUCUGCUGGCGAUUCCCUACACCGUCUUCCACAUGAUCAACAUGAUGCUCGUGACCUACGUGGCCGAGAUCCUGCAGGAGCUGACGUUGACGGCCGUGACGGGCCAGAUCUGGGCCCUGCCAUUCCUGAUCUUCUUCAACAGCGUCGACACGUCCAAGAUGAACAAAUGGGCCAUGUGGGCCGUCACCACGCUCCUGCUGAGCUAUCCCAACGCCCACCCGAUCCAAGUCGGCUGGAACUCGCGUAACUCCAACGCGGUGCACUCGCGCACCGUGUCGGCGGCCAUGUACAACAUGUUCGUGCAGGCCGGGGGGGUCAUAUCCUCCAACGUCUACCGAGAAGACGACGCCCCGGCAUACAAGCGCGGCAACCGCGCGCUCCUCAGCGUCGCCCUGCUCAACGUCGCCCUGUACCUCUCGACCAAGGCGUACUACGUGCUCCGCAACCGACGCCGAGAUCGACAGUGGGACGCCCUGACGGAGCCGCAGCAGCUUCAGUACCUGGCGAAAACGCAGGAGCGGGGGAACAAGCGGUUGGAUUUCCGGUUCGCGCACUGAGACAGGAUGGUAUAUACCCGACCGCCCGGUGCCUUUUAUCUGGCUUGAUUUCGGGCUUCAUUCACGCGAUUGGGAUGGAAAGUCGGGAAGGGGGGGGGGUGUUGCUGCACACGCUUAAUGCAGAGAUGCCGAUAUCGAAUAAACCAGAAGCACAGCCUGGGAAGAGCGAUAUACAUGGGACUGGGGUCUAUAGAGAAUAGAGAAGUGAAGAAAAAUCCUUCUCAGGGCAAUGAGGCCCCCAGUUGGGGGGGUUGCUUCGUCGCUCCAACUCAUGGUGACUUGUCUUAUGUGACAUGCAGGUGGAAAGAGGAUCUUGAUCUGAUCCCAACCAGCUCAAUCUAAUCAAAAUCAAAGCAAAUCAAAUCAAGUUCUAGUGCAAUCGAUCAAAG